AAGGCGCCUCAGGGACAGGGACAGUGACAGGGACAGCACCGGAGCGGCGGGAAUCCCUCGGGCAUCCCGGAGAGGUACAGUACUAGGGAGGUAAACUGACAGCUGGGUCACAGAGUAUCACUAUAAGCAAAUAAUCAUUGCUGACCCAAUCAUGUUUGUUUUUUAUUGUUUUUAUUUGUGGAGACUAUAAUGUACAUAACAAAGCUUAGUGAAGAUGCGUUGAUUGAGCUAGGCUUCUUGAAUAAAUAACAAGUUUCCUCAGCUUUUGGGUCCUGAGCAGAAUUUAUGAAGAAAAUCAAGGACAGACGUGCCAGGUGCUACCCGAUAUCUAUGAAAAUCGAUAGGCGUGACUUCGUGUCAUGGAUUUUCAGGAGAAACGUCGCAAAACGCACGAGGAGCAAGCCUGCGAGAGACGGGGACACUUACUGUAGGAGGGGGAUAGGACCCGGGGACAGAGGCGCGUGCAUAAGGAAGCGAAAGUGCCUGCGGACUUUAUGUUGUCUGCAAUGCAAGAGGGCUGGCCACUUUGUUCCUCCCUGGGGAGGGGAGCAAACGCCUUCUCAAAGUAUUAGAUAUUUAAAUAUUAUCUAAUAUUAAUAUAACGGAAGAGUGUUGCAGCUUCCCCAGGAUAAAGAUUAUGGCGUUAUAAUGCGCAUUUGUUAUGAAAUCCACUGGUAUAUGACUAACUACGUGUAUGAGAGCAAAAAAGGCAACGCAAAAGGAUAAGGUUUGCACUUGUGUUUGUGUUUCUUCGUGUCACCAUGGCAGAAGACAGUUUCAUGCCGCGGACAGAUAAACUUGAAAACAUUGGCUUCGGCGUGCUUAGCUGGGAGCAAGUGCAGCGUCUGGACGGUAUUCUGGCGGAGACGAUCCCCAUCCACGGUCGGGGCAACUUCCCCACCCUGGAGAUGAAGCCGCGACAAAUUGUUAAAGUGGUGAGAAGCCGGAUGGAGGAGAAGCGGAUUAACGUCCGAGAGGUUCGCCUGAACGGCUCAGCGGCCAGCCACGUACUCCACGAGGACAGUGGACUGGGUUACAAGGACCUUGACCUCAUAUUCUGCGCUGAUCUGAAGGGUGAAAGGGAGUUUGAAAUCGUUAAGAAUCUUGUUUUGGAUUGCCUGUUGGAUUUUUUACCUGAAGGUGUCAACAAGGAGAAGAUUACAUCAUUAACCUUAAAGGAGGCAUAUGUGCAGAAGAUGGUGAAGGUGUGCAAUCAUUCCGACUGCUGGAGUCUCAUCUCGCUCUCUAACAACAGAGGCAAAAACGUGGAGCUGAAGUUUGUGGAUUCCCUCCGCCGGCAGUUUGAAUUCAGCGUGGACUCCUUCCAAAUCAAGCUGGACUCCCUGCUGCUCUUUCACGAGUGCUCAGAGAACCCCAUGUCCGAGACCUUUCACCCGACCAUCAUUGGCGAGAGCGUGUAUGGAGACUUCCGGGAGGCCCUGGACCACCUGCGCCACAAGAUCAUCUGCACACGCAACCCAGAGGAGAUCCGAGGGGGCGGCCUGCUGAAGUACUGCCACCUGCUGGUGAGGGGCUUCCGCGCGGCCUCCGAGGCGGAGAUGAAGUCGCUGCAACGCUACAUGUGCUCGCGCUUCUUCAUUGACUUCUCUGACAUCGGCGAGCAGCGCCGCAAGCUGGAGUCCUACUUGCAGAACCACUUCGUCGGCCUGGAGGAGCGGAAGUAUGACUACCUGGUGACGCUGCACGGCGUGGUGAACGAGAGUACGGUGUGCCUGAUGGGACACGAGAGGCGGCAGAUCCUCAGCCUCAUCAACAUGCUGGCGGUGCACGUCCUGGCUGAGCAGAAUGCCAUCCCCAACGUGGCCAACGUCACCUGCUACUACCAGCCUGCACCCUACGUGUCCGAUGGCAACUUCAGCAACUACUACAUUGCCCAGGUUCAGCCUGUGUUUGCCUGCCACCAGCACACCUACCCCUACUGGCUGCUCUGCAACUGAGCGAGACACUUCUACAGAUGAGUGAAGAGGAACAGCAGAUGAGCUGAGCCUUCAAGGCUUGACGUGACUCUUCUGUCUGCAAGAUCCCAGCUUGUACAAACUCUGGAAGUGUUUGCGUUCGCUGGGAGCAAGGCAGGAAGACUGGGAAUGUUGUGUCCCAAUAAGCCCGUAUCCAAAACUUCUUCAUGGUGACCAGAUAAAGAGCUACUUUGUAGAGGAUGACUGAUGGCCCUGCUGGAGAACUGAGCCAAGGAGGCUCUGAAUGCUUGAGGGAUCCGUGGAAGAGAUGAAAUGAUUUUUAUUUUGGUUGCUACUGUAUAUAAAUGGAAACUAUUUUGUUGUCAGGAUUUUUACAUUCCAAUAGUCAUAGUAAGAAAAGAAAUAUAGUUACAGAAAGAACAUCAGAGUCAAAAAGUUUUAUUGGAAUUUAUUGUAGAGAUUGUUAGGUGCUUUUGUUUUGUCAUCAAUAGGGCAGAAUUAAAAUGAUUCCCAUGUACAAACCAAAGACUAUUUCUAGGUAUCCAGUGUUUUUAAUGAAAAGAAAAUAAUACUUCUUGUGCCUAACAUCUGUUAGACUUUGAGGAACAUUGAGGAAUUGGACCAGCUUCAGUCAUUCCUUGUCUAUAUUUGUGAGCUGUGGGAGCAGGAAGUAUCAUUCGAUUGGUCUCCAUUCACCAGAGCUCAUCUUCCCAUCUCACAAUGUCCCAAGCAAAUGGAGUGAAUGUGAACAUCCCGUCAUGAAGCUCUGAUGAUGUGAAUUUCUUCCUAAAUCCUCAUCCCUGUGCUUUGCUAAUGGCACAGCCUGCAGCACCACUGUGUUCCCAUUCAUCCAGUUUACCUCAUCAACAGGAUGUGUCUGGCCUUUCGCUCCUGAGGUGUUGCUUCAUCUCUGAAGGAGCCAUCCUUCCUGCAGUGAACACCGUAAGGCCUGGGGAGGUCAAGCUUCCUGGAUCGGAGGGGUUUAUGAAGAGCUCAAGCAGGUGGAGUCGGCUACCCAUUGAGAUUAUCCUACCUGUGUCACCUUCAAAAGCUGAGCAUUUAUACCAGAGUGAAUGUUAGAUCAACAGAGAGUCUAAUUAGGGCUCAACCAUUAUAAAUUGUGCCCAAAUAAUCAUGUCUGUUAAACUGGUCAUGAGAUAAUGGACUGUAGGACUAAUGGGCAGAAGUUCAACUGAUGAGAGAGUAGGACUCACUGGACUCACAUUUGCAGAAGUGGUGUCUCCAGUGUGGAGGCUGUAAGUUCCAUGUAAGGUAGUCCUGAGGAGAUAGAGGAAGUGCAGUGUCAUCUGUGCUUUGAGAACGUUCUCUGUUAGCAUAUGACCUUAAUAAAUGCUAUGACUUUGGUCUUCUGUGGUUUCUGCUGCUUCUUUCACCAUCAUGUCAGUUUGUAGGUUCCUGUUGAUCUUCACACAAAAAAGAUAUGGGCUGUCCUAACACCUAACCCUGAAGUGGGUUUUAUUUUCUCAGAUACUGUACCAGUGACUAAAAGGGCUUGUGUGUUUGUUUUUUUUCUCUCUUUUUUAUAACUUACAAACAGGUGUUUGUAUAUCCUUUAUAAAGACUGUUUCUGUAAAUAGUUGUUCAAACAUUUCAUUUCAUGUCAGGUUUACGGGUGAACACAUCUUAUAUCUGUUGUUUGACAUGCAAUCCCUUUAUGUUAACAUGAUUAUGUAUGUUUUAAAAAUGCCGUUUCCAAAAGGUUUUUACAUCAUUUUAUUAAAACUUAUGUUGCAAGUGGAAAUCUUA